AUGUCAGGCUGCCGGGACUUUCAGGUAGUUGGAAAUAGGAUUACUGAAGGCACCACGUUUACUGGCGACCUAUCAGGCAUGCCAGAACCGUUGAAUGCGCCACCAAUGGCUUUUUUGAAAGCUUCACAGCCGGGCCUAGUCGAAAACUGCAUUGUCCAGCAGGACUUUGUGGAGGGCAGGGCUGCAUUCUUGAUCGCUGUGGAAGACAGACCGGCGCGGAAAUUUAGAUUCCAGGGGUCUCAGCUCAAUCUGACCAGCACGGACGGACCAAUCGUGUUAGACCGAGCGAGAAUCUCUCUCGAGUCUACCGGAGAAUUGCGGGUGCUUUGUAACGCGACAUCCCGAGUUCUUUGGAGCUCGGGCUCUGCUGGCUCGGUGAUCGGGGCCCGAUUGUCUUUGGAGGAUAACGGGCAUCUGACGAUCCGCGAGGCUGGGACCGGCAAGCUUCUAUGGGAUCCCGUCCAGUUCCUCGAGGGCUGUUUUGAAGUAGGUAAACAGGCCGCUCUAACCGUGUCAGACGAGUCGCCUUACUUGACUCUGUGGAGUGAAUGUGACUCGUUGGUUUGGGCGUCCGAAUACGUGUUUGGAAAAGGAUCCUUCGAGUUGGCGCCCAACCAAUUCAUCUGCAUCUGUCCUACUCGAACUCCAGCCCAGCCGCCGCCGAUCCCACCGCGGAUCGGCGCGGCACUCAACAACAUCAGCCACGCGAUCCAUCUCCCUCCACCGGCGAUCCCGGCCCGACCGCUCCCGCCCCCAGCAUACAUUUUCCUCGACAUGGUGACCAGUAACCUCGUCAUUCAUCAGGGGCCUCAUCCCCAUCAGCCACAUGGCCAUGUCAUCUGGGCUUCCGAUCUCUUCGGCCAUCUCCCGAAACAAAUCGCCAGUCGUCCUAAACCUGGAUGCGAAACUCGGUGCGCUUUUCAAGGCGGAGACGGCAAUCUGGUUAUUUAUGCCAACCCGCAUGACCACCAACCUGAAGAAAGAUGCGCUGUCUGGGCCUCGGGUACUUGCUGCGAGAAGCUCUUGAUCACUUAUGAGGCUGACCAAGGAGUCAGGAUCAACUUCUUGGAUGGGCAGGGACUGAUCCUCAAGUCAAUCCCAUGA